AUGACACUUAACAACUCAUUUCUUCAGUUACUUCAGGAAAGUCAAAUUAUUACGGCGGCCGUUGCCGUUUUCACUAUUAUCGGAGCCCUCUUCAUUUUAUCAAAAACUCUAAGCUUUUUAAAGUUAAUAGUCGAUGUUUUUGUUUUACCUGGAAAGGACCUCAAGGAAUUUGGUGCCGGGCAAGGUGCUUGGGCUGUUGUUACCGGCGCGUCGGACGGUAUUGGAAGAGAAUAUGCUAUGCAGCUAGCCGCUGCUAAAUUUAAUAUUCUUAUGGUUUCUCGUACUGCAUCUAAAUUAAAAGCUUUGAGAGAUGAGAUCGAAUCAAAAUAUAAAGUUGAUACAAGAAUGUAUGCAAUGGAUUUUACCAAGGGUGAUAGAAUGGACUAUUCAAAUUUAAGGGAUAUAAUUGAAGAACUUGAUGUUGGAGUAUUAGUUAAUAAUGUUGCUACAAAUCAUGAAAUUCCAACACCAUUUUAUCUUGAGGAUGACGAAAUUAUUCACAAUAUUGUUGAAGUUAAUAUUGCAGGACUUUUAAAAGUUACCAAGAUUGCAUUAUCAAAAAUGCUUCCAAAAAAUCGAGGACUUAUUAUUAAUGUCGGAUCAUUUUCUGGAACGAUUCCAACACCAUACUUAUCGGUAUAUUCCGGUUCAAAGGCUUUUAUGAAUGCGUGGUCACAGGCGAUAGGAGCAGAACUUAAUUCAAAAGGGAUCCUGGUUGAAAAUGUUAAUACUUAUUUUGUGGUAUCGGCCAUGUCAAAAAUUCGGAAACCAUCUUUACUAAUCCCAUUACCAGGACCAUAUGUCAAAUCAGUAUUAUCUAAGAUUGGAAUUCCUGGAGGAGCAUCCUAUUAUCCUUUCAAUUCUAAUACAUAUCCUUCUCAUGCAUUGGUUAACUGGUUAAUUACUAAUACACUUAGUUGGAGUUUCUGGGUAAAUUAUACUCUUGAGGGAAUAAUCAAUGAAACAUUCGAACAAGGCCGAGUUCGUCCUUGA